CUCCCACUCCGCUGCUCCGCUCCCCGCAGGAGUGGCCGAGGGCUCCAGUUUCUGGCUCCGGGGGCCGCGGCGCUCCGGACGGCCCGGGGGUCGGGGCGCCGCCACGGAAGCGGAAUAAGAAGGCAGAACGGCGAGGCCGGUCCUCGGUCUCCACCGCGGCCCGGAAAGAAUCCGGGCGGCCUCCGCGGAGAUAUUUGCCAGGACUGAGAUAGCUGAUGAACUACCUGCCUGUUUUCUGCCUAAGAGGCUGUCUUAAUUGAUUUAUUUUUCCUGUAAAUGUGAGAAGUCAGAAAAUCAGAGGUUCUUGUAAUAAAAAAAUUUAUAGAUUGAUUAUUCAAAGACAUUAGCCAUCUGACUUUGGUUAUUCAAGAUGCAGAGGAGACAAGGAUACUGCAGCUAUUGCCGUGUGCAGUAUAGUAACCUGGAACAGCAUUUGUUCAGUGCUCAGCACAGAAGCUUGACCAGACAGAGUAGACGUCGGAUGUGUUGUACCAGUAGUUUGAUGGAACGUUUCUUGCAGGAUGUACUGCGGCACCACCCAUAUCAUAAUCAAGAAAGCAGAUCAACGCAAAAUGAGACACUUUCGAGUACUGUAUCAUCUCCUGAAGUGGUUCAAUUGGAUGAUGAUGUUCCUGAAGAAAAGGCUGAGGAUGCUGCUGGAGCUGGAGGAGAGAUACCCUCCAAGGGUUCUGAACCUGUUGAAGAGUUACAUACCAGGCCUAGUAAAUCUCAGGAAUGUACACAGCAGGUUUCAAUUCGACCAUCAGUUAUUCAAAAACUGGAGAGGGGACAGCAGCAGCCCUUGGAGUUUGUUCAUAAAAUUGGGAGCGGUAUGAAAAAAUUUAAUCCAGUAGAUAUUGGUCAAGCUACAAAUAAUGGAGAAAACUUAAUACGUCCCCCAGUGAUUUAUAAUGCUCCUGCUAGUUGUUUACCUGAAAGUUCUUAUGAUAGACCAGUUACAACUAAUACUACUAAAUUACUACUAGCAGCCCAUUUGGAUUCAGUUAGCAAAAGUGACCCAAACCUUGAACAGCUAGACAGGGUCUCUAGAAAUCCUGUGCCAUCAUCCCAUCUAGAAACUCCUUCAGUUUCGUAUCAGAAACCUAAAAAAUCAAAUAAGAAAUCUUUAUAUAAAAAUUCAGAUAAAUUGGUUUUACAGAAAGAUGUAAAAUCUGAGGGUAAAACUUUGUCAACUGGCUGUAAAUCCCGUGAACUUAUGGGUACUGAGGGCUCGUUAAGAGUUGAAUCUCCUCCUGAAUUAGCAGUAAACUCAGCAGUAAAUCUGAAUAAAACUGACAUGCCUUCUGAUAAAGGAAUCUCUGAAGAUGCCAUUCCAAAGCACCAUGAGGAAAUCUUUUCUAAUAUGGAUUGUACUCAAGAAGAAAAGCAUUUGGUUUUUAACAAGUCGGUCCUUUUGGAACAGAAGCGCUCAGUGAGUUCUGAAAUGAAGCUUGAUUGUGGCUCUCUUGAGUCAGCAUCUGAUCAACCCCAAGAGGCUGUACAGGACUUAAACUUUUGGAAGGAGGAGCAAAUUGACCAAGAAGAUAGAAACUAUGGCUCUAGAGGUUCUGAAAUGAGUUUUGAUUGCAGUUCCUCUUUUCAUUCUCUGACUGACCAAUCUAAAGUGACUGCCAGAGAAAUAAACCUUUCAAAGGAAGUACAUGCUGAUUUACAGUAUAAGAAUAGUAAAUCUGGUGUUUCUGAAAUCCGUUCAGAUUACACUGACUCGCUUCAUUUGGUUACGAGCCAAUCUCUAGUGGCUGUUAAAGAAAUAAGUCUUCAGAAUACGAUGCGUAUUAGCCUGGUUGACGAAAGCUAUGAAUCCAGUGGUUCUGAAAUGAAUUUUGAUUGUGAUGCUUCACUUCAGUCAAAUAAUGACUACCCCCAACAGUCUAUAAAAGAAAUAAACCUUUGUAAGGCAGAGCACAUUGCUUUGGUUGAUAAGAACUAUGGAUCUAGUAGCUCUGAAGUAAGUGCUGAUUCUGUUUACCCUCUUCAGUCAGUGGCUCACCAACCUGCAGCAGCUGACCAGUCCAUAGUGGCUGACUGCCCCACAGUGGCUGUUACAGAAACAAAACGUCAGAAGAAGAUUCAUGUUGGCUUGGUUGAUAAGAACUAUGGAUCGAGUUGUUCUGAAACAAGUUUUGAUUAUGAUGUUUCUCUUCAGCCAGGAGUUGACCAUCCCCAACUGACUGUCAAAAAAAGAAAUGUGAAACAGAGACACGUCCGUCUAAAAGAUAAGAAACGUAAACCCAGUAGUGCUAAAGCACAUCUUGAUUGUGAUAUCUCUCUUGAGACAGUGGCUGAUGAACCCCAGAAGGCUGUUGAAGAAAUAAAUCUUCUGAAAGAGAAGAAUGCUGACCUUAUGGAUAUGAACUGUGAGUCUCAUUGUCCUGAAAUGGGUUUUCACGAUGAUGUUCAAUUAGUGGCUGACCAAUCUCAAGUAGCAGUUAAAGAAGUAAACCCUCAGAAAGUAGAUAUUGGCCUAGAAAAUAAGAGUGUUCAAUCUAGCGUUUCUAAUCUAAGUUUUGAUUCUCAUGCUUUUCUUUAUCAGUCAGCUAAUGAUCAACCUCAAGGGGCUUUGGGUGAAGUAAAUCUUAAAGAGUUAAAGGUUGACAUGGAAGUUAAGAGCUGUGGGUGCUCCAGUUCUGAGUUGACGUUUGAUUCUGAUCCCCCUCUUCUGUCAGUUACUGAGCAGUCUCAGCUGGAUGUUGAAGGAAUAAAAGAAGAACACAUUAACCCGGAAGAUGAGAGCUGUGAGUCAAAUAGUUCUGAAAUAACUUUUGAUUCUGAUAUUCCGGUUUGUUCAGUAGUUGACCAACCUCAAGUAGCUGUUUAUGAGGAGGAACCUGUUGAUCUGGAAAAUAAAAGUAAUGAAUCUUAUGUUUCUGAAAUAACUUUUGAUUCUGAUAUUCCUCUUCAUUCAGGAAAUGAUCAACCUGAAGUAGCUGUUAAAGAAGUAAUCAUUCAGAAAGAAGAGUACGUACACUUAGAAAGGAAGAAUCAUGAACCCAGUAGUUCUGAAAUAAGUUCGGAUGUGGAUUCUUAUGCCCCCUUUCAUGCAGUGACUAAUCUUCCUGAAGUAGCUGUUAAAAAGCUAAAUCCUCAAGAAGAGGAGCAGGUACACUUAGAAAAUACAGAAAAUGAACCUACUGAUUCUGAAUUAAGUUUAGAUUAUGAUACCAUUUUUCAUUCGAUGAGUGGACAUUCAGAAGAUCUCGUUAAAGAAAUAAACCCUCAGAAAGAAGCGCACGUACACUUAGAAAAUAAGGGUGUUUCUGAAACAAGUUUGGAUUCUCAUACCUCUGUUCAGUCAGUGACUCACAAACCUGAAGUAGUUGUUAAAGAUAUAUGGCUUCAAAAAGAAAGCCAUGCUGAAUUCCAAGGUAAAAGUGCUAACUUUAGUGGUUCAGAAAUAAAUUUAGAUUCUAGUGUCUCUCAUUCAGUGACUGAACCUCAAGUAGCUGUUAAAAAAAUAAACAUAAAGAAGCAGCAUGUUCUGAAAAACAAGAGUGAUACAUGUGGUUCUGAAAUAAUUUUGGAUUCUGAUGUUCCUCCUCAGUCAGUGACUGAAAAACCUCAACUGGCCAUUUUGAAGGAAAAGCAUGUUGAUCUGGAAGACAAAAACUGUGAAUCUAGUGAUGUAAAAAUGAGUUUUGACUCAGAUGACCCUCUUGAACAACUUCAGGAAGGAGUUAAAAAAAUGCACCUGUGGAACGAAGAAGAUAUUAGCCUAGGAAAUAAGAUUGAUGAACCUAAUGCUUCUAAAUUAAUACAUGAUUCUGAUGUUUCUCUACAGUCUCCAGCUGAUCAACCCAAAGUACCUGUUAAACAAAUAAACCUUGAGAGUAAUGAUCAUAUGUAUUUGGAAGUUAAGAAUCGCCAGUAUAGUUGUUCUAAAAUGAGUUUGGAUUCUGAUUUUUUGGUUCAGCCCGUAGUUGAUCGACCUCAAAUAACUAUUUUGGAGCGGGAGCACAUUGAACUAAAAGGUAAGCACAGUCAAUCUUGUGGUUCUGAAAUAAGUUCUGAUUCUGAUGGCCCUGUUCAGUCAGUGGCUGACCAGCUUAGAGAAACCGUUAGAGAAAUAAGCCUUUGGAAGGAUGAAGAAGUUGACAUGGAAGAUAAGAGGGAUGAAGCUAAGGGUCUUGAAAUUAUAUAUGAUUCUGAUGGCCAUUUUCAGUCAGUGGCUGGCCAACCUGAGGUAGUUAAGGAGGUCAACCUUUGGAAAGAGCAUGUUGACUUGGAAGAUAAGAUUAUCAAACCUAGAGAUUCUAAAAUGAAUUUUCAUUCUGAUGAACCUCUUCGGUCUGUGACUAAUAAAAUCCAAGAGGCUGGUAAAGAAACAAGUCUUCUGAGGGAGGAACAUGUUUGUCUGGAUGAUAAGGGCUAUGAACCUGAUCAUUCUGAAAUAAUUUUUGUUUCAAAUAUCCCUCUUCCGUCAGUGAUUGAGCAACCACAAAUUUUGGAAGAGGAGCAUGCCAAUUUGAAAAAUAAGAGCAGUGAUCCUUGUGGUCCCGAAAUAAGUUUUGAUUCCCAUGAUCCUUAUCAGUCAGCAGCUGACCAGCUUCAAAAAGGUGUCAAAGAAAUAAAUGUUUGGAAGGAAGACUGUAUUUACUUGGAAGAUAAGAGCUAUAAACUAGGUGAUUUUGAAGUAAGUUAUGGUUCUGAUGUUCCUGUUCAGUUUGUGGCUGAUCAAUCUCUUGUGUCUGUCAAAGAAAUAAAUUUGCAAAAGAAGGAUCAUAAUGACCUAGAAAAUAAGAACUAUAAACCUUAUGGUUCUGAAAUAAAAUGUGAUUAUGGUGUUCAUCUUCAGUCAGUAGUUGACCAACCCCAAGUGGGUUGCAAAGAAACAACCCUUCAGAAGGAACGGCACCUUGGCAUGGAAGAAAAGACUAAUGAACUUAGUGAUUCUGAAAUAUGUGAUUCUGAUGUCCCUUUCCAAAUAGUAGUUAACCCAUUUCAAGCAUCAGCCAAAGAAACAAAUCUUCAAAAGGUGGUACUUGUGGACCUGAUGACCAGUGAUAGUGAUUGUGAAGUAAUCUCUGAAUCUGUUAUGCCUCUUCAUUUAGUGACUGACCCACCCCAAGUGACUGUCAGAGAAACCAACUGUAUAGAUGCAGGAUGUAUUGAUGUAGAAGAUAAGAUCUGUGAUUCGUUUGAUUCUGAAGUAGGAUAUGUUUGUGAAGCCCCUUUUCCAUCAGUGACAAACCAAUCCAAAGAGACUUUCAAAAUAAUAAACCGGAAGAAAGACUAUAUUAUUCUGGGAGAUUCAAGUUGUCAGUCUUCUGAAAUUAAUUUUAAUGUUGAUGCCUCUUAUCAGUCCAUGACUUACCAGUCACAAGGGCCUGAUAAAAAAAAAGUGAAAUAUAUUGACCCGGGAGAUAAGAGCUGUGAAUCUAAUGGUCCUGAAAGAAAUUUUAAAUUGGAAGAUGCUUCUCAGCCAGUGACUCGCCAACUGCAGAAAGCUGACAAAAAAGUCAACCUCCGGAAAGAUCCAAAAAAUAUUGGCCUGAAAGAUAAGAGCUGUGAAUCUAGUGUUUCUGCAGUAGAUUGUGAUCCCUCUUCUGAGUUAGUGAUCCAUCAAAUGGCUGAUAAAGAAAAUCCUUUGAAGUUAAAACAUACAGAUCUAGAAGGUAUGAGCAGUGAAUCUUGUAGUUCUGAGAUGAAUUUUCAUUAUGAUUCCUCUCUUCAUUCUGGUACUGAACAGCCUCAAGAAGCUGUUAAUAAAAUAGACCUAUUUAAUAAUGUGUCUGUUAGCCUGAAAGAAAAGAACCAUAAUUCCCAAGCAAGCUCUGUUCCCUUGGUUGGUUCUGUAAGGAAGCUGGAAAAAGCAAAGGAGGUCAUAGAAGAUGAUCCUGAUGAACCAGUUCUUGAAGCCUUGCCUCAUGUUCCUCCUUCAUUUGUGGGGAAAACAUGGUCUCAGAUAAUGAGAGAAGAUGACAUAAAAAUUAAUGCUCUUGUGAAGGAAUUUAGGGAAGGUCGUUUCCACUGUUACUUUGAUGAUGACUGUGAGACCAAAAAAGUUUGCGUGAAUGAGGGAAAAGUUACCUGUGCUGAUCAGGACAGUGCAUCUAUUCAAGCUCUAUCAGAUUGUGAUGUUAUUGCAGGUGGUAUUUCGGAUAUUGAUGACUUUUCAGUGGCCUUAGAUAAACCAUACCAUCAUCAUCCUCCAGCAGAGAGUCAUAUGGCUUCUCGAUGCCAGACUUCAAAAGUCAGCCAUGGAACUGAAACUGGUUUUAAGAAUAACCCAGUGAUGAAAAGAAAAAUGAUUAGACAAGAAGAUGACUCGCCAAGAAGGAAGCAUUUACAUUUACAGAAUGACAGAAAAACAAAAAAGAAAGUAAAAUUUGGGACAGCUGAAUUUCCUGCGUCAUGUACUAAAGUCUUGAAGCCGAUGCAAUCCAAAGCUUUAGUCUGUGUUCUUUCUUCUCUAAAUCUUAAACUGAAAGAAGGUAAUCCCUUACCCUUUUCUAAAAUGAGGCACUGUAGUUGGGAUAAUGAUGUACGGUUUAUGUACAAAUAUAAACGGAAUACCUUUAAUUAUUGCAACCCAUUGAUUAAGCAAAUUGUAAUGAAUCCUCCACUGAACAUAAUAGUGCCAGAGUUUGACAGGCGUAACUGGGUUAAAAUUCAUCUUAACAGAAGUGACUCCAGUGUAAGAGAUAAUGAUGCUGUUGUACAGAGCUCUUCUUCAGCACCUUCUAUGACAGUGCCAGCAAGAUAUGAAUUAAAUUCACAUCAUGGGACUAGUGAUUCUUCUGUGUUUCUCGAGCAAUCAGAGGUUUUGAAUGCUAGCGAAGUUCCAAAGGAAAGUAAUUUCAAGCUAACUCCUUUAAAUCGUGAUGUUGCUCAGAUCUCUCCAAAAUCAGUUAGAAAGGAGUUUUUAGAAAGUACAAGUAAAAAGAAAAUUCAGGGAAGGAAGGUGACAAUUAGUAAUAAGUCAGGUUUUCCUAAAAAGGUUUACAAACCAAUUAUUCUCCGGCAAAAAAACAGAAUAGCUUCAGAAAACCAGUCAGUUUGGAUUCGGACCAAGCCAGGUGACAUAAUUAGAAAGUAUAUUUCGAAAUACUCUGUUUUUUUGCGUCAUAGAUAUCAGUCCAGGAGCACUUUUAUUGGAAUGCCUCUUAAGAAGAAAAAAUCUGUUGUCAGUAGGCUAAAGAAAGCAAAGAGACCAACUAAAAUGCUUUUGAACUCCUCAGUUCCACCAGCUGGUGCUGAAGAGGAGUUAAGAGCUAUAGCACGUCCUCCUCCGAAGCAAGCUGUGCAGGAUUCUUCCAGUGAUGCAAGAAGGAAGAAGAAAGAGAAAGAAUCUCAAGUCUAACUUAGAAUGUUGCAUGACAGUGUGUGACCGUCUUUUGAGGAACACAUCACAGUAACCCCAAAUUGCCCAGCGUAAUCAGUAACAACUGCCAGGUGGCAUUUGGAGCCAGAACAUUUCUUCGACUGUACUGGAUGAUCAUGUAGGAUCUGCCAGAACAUGAGGAUGUUUAUAAGUGGCUGAAUAAAAGCAAAACUAAAAUGUAUGAGUUCCUGUUGAAUUAAGGAUGUUGAUGAGAAUUAUUUUGAAGAAAAAUGGCCACUACAUUUUAAGUGCUAAUUUAAGAUGACUGGCUUCCUCUCAGAUAUUGUUGACUAUACUGUUUCUAAAUGAUGUGGUUUAAGUUAUGUAAAGUUAAACUUUUUAGAAUAGGUAUAUUCUUUUUUCUACGUUCUUUUCAGUAAUGAAAUAGCUAAUUUCACUUGCCAUAGGUGAAGCUGUGGGCAAAAAUUCUUUAGUUAUGUGCAGGUGUGUUGUGGCAAUAGAUCUUUUAUAUAAUAACAGUGUAAGUGUUUAAUGUGUUUUUAGUACAGAUUCUGUGAGUUAAAAUUACUGUAUGGAAUGGUUGUGAAGCCUGAUUUCCUUCCUCAAUUCCUGUCUCGUGGAAAAAUAUUCUGAUUUAGUCCUCAAUAUGUGACCUAUCUUCCUCUUGGACAUACAGAAGUGUUUGCAUUAUAUAGUACUUAGGGCUUAACAUUUCAUGCCAAAGUGAUUUUCUUGUCCUUCUGAACCACAGUAAAAUUUUAUGGAAAACAAUUUGCUUGAGAUACCAGUGCAUGAUGAUAAGUGGAGGCACUGAGAGUUCAUCCUAAGUAAAGGAAGAGGGGCCAUUCCUUAAGUAAAAUUCAUUCUGCCUGUGAAUUGGCCCAGCCUCCAAAUGUACAUAAUGCAGCUGGGUUAGGGAGAAUCACACAGUAGACUUAGCAGCGUUUCUGUCUCCUCACUUCUUUCUUGGCACCAUAUUCCAAUACAAAGUUGUAUUACUUAAAAUUUAUCCCACAUUGGUUGUCUACUCCUGUGGCUACUAAACUAGUCUUGAACUUCAUCAUCUCACACCUAAUUUAUUCUAGAAAAGGCUAGGGUUUCUGGAAUGAUGUAAUGAGGUCCUCUGUAAAUCUGCUCCUCCAUGAUGUUGCAAUCAUCUGGUCCCUUGUGUUUUGGGUCGUCCUUUCUGUUGUGACAAAGAUCACAGGGAGCUGGAGCU